AUGCUCCGUGUUUGUCACAUGGCCGUUCCCUUUCUGGGCCAACUCACCAAGCUUUGGGGCGGGAUGUGUCUUCCCGCAGGAGGUGACGCCGUGACGAACAGCGUCAAGCGGCAGGUCCUGCAGACUGACGUUGCCCGCGCGCGGCAGAGCCUCGUCGAGAACGCAGACGGCGCCGCGACGGGCCGACUGGCGGAGGCGCUACAGGGCCGGAUCAAGAGGAUAGUCAAGGGCGUCAAGGGCGUCAAGAAGACGAGGCGGCAAAUGUGUCCGGCGAUGCUUAACCCAGUGACGGCGUCACCUCAGCCGACGCAGACGCACACAAUCGAUUCGCGGGGAGGGAGCACUGCUAUCCGGCGUGGUUGA